UCCAUUUCUUUUGGAUCACUUGACUUACUCUUGUUUUCUCUCUACCUUGCCUCGACUUAAGUCGACAAUUAACUUCACUCACUUGAACUUCAACUUUCAACUCAACUCACAAAACUUCUUAAACGGAAUCAAAUCAACUCGAAUCGAAUCACUUACUAUCAAUUCAUCAAAAUCAUUGAUCAUCCAUCUGAUUUUUCCAUUAGAUUAGAAAGAUAUAAAAUAUAAAAAUGGGUUCAAUUAAAUUACCAAAUUCACGCCGGUUUUGGAUACCAAUCAUUUUACUUUCAAUCUUUGUGAUGUUUUUCUGGAGACACAUAAUCUUAUUAGGUCAAAUCUUAUCAGUUUACCCACUUUGGGCGAUUUCAUCAAGUUCACUUUCACUCACUUUAGCUGGUGAUGGACUUGAUACUAGUUUUGAAUUGUAUCCCAUCGAACAAUGGAGUGUAAGAUGGCCACCCAAGAAUCAUUCAAAUCAAACUCUACCUUUAGAAGCCAAUUCAUCAUUAUUAAGAUUAAAAGAUGGCAGUUUAGCUAGAUUACCACAUGAUCGAUAUGGUGGUUCCAAUUAUGAUCAACCUGAUUCGACCGACUUAGUUCCUCCUAUCUUACAUCAUAUCUUAUUGGGUAUGGAUCGUAAAACUAUGCCAGUUGCUUGGGAAACUUCUAGGAAUAGUUGUUUAGCUCUUCAUCCCGAAUCAGCAAACUAUACCCAUCACUUUUGGGAUGAUGCAUCGGCACUUCAAUUCAUGACCACCCAUUACCCAUUCUUCUUGAACGACUUUUUAUCAUACCGACACAACAUUCAAAGAGCCGAUGCCCUUCGUUACUUUGUUCUUCAUCACUAUGGUGGUAUCUUUCUAGACCUCGAUUUAGAAUGUAGAAGAUCAUUAGGACCACUACGAAGGUUUCCAAUCGUCAACAUCAAUGCAUUUCCAGUUGGUGUUUCAAAUGGGUUUAUGAUGGCAGAAGCGGGUCAUCCAUUCUUGGCUCAACUGGUUCGAAAUUUAAAACGAUAUGAUCGAUCUUGGUUCGGGAUUCCUUAUGCGGAUAUCAUGUUUUCGACUGGUCCAAUGUUUUUAUCAUCUGAACAUUUAAGAUUUUCAUCUAAACUUAGAUCUCAUGAUUUAAGAAUUCUAGGUGGAGCUGAACAAAGAUUGAGUGGAAAAGUCGUGACACCUUUAUUCCGACAUUUAGGAUCCUCAUCUUGGCAUGGACAGGAUGCUCAUCUAACCUUGAUGAUCAAAGAUGCCAUCUUUCAUCCGAUUGUGGCAGUUGGUUUACUUGGUUUAUUGGCGGGUGCAGCCUUAGUUGGAUCAUGGUGGACAUUAUCAAGAUUAUUAGCCAGAAGAGGAUUUAUGAUCAUCAGGCCAGGUUCAACUUAUUAUGCACUUGAAAUUCGAUCGGGAUCACGUAGCAGAAGACAAGAGUUUUCACAAAGAUUUGUACUUUGGAGAUUAGGAUUAGCUAGAAGAGCAUCUGAACUUUCAUCAUCUACUUCAUCUACUAAUUCAUCGAAUGAAUAUCUACAUUUAAGUAAUACAGACGAUGAGAUCGAAGCCAUCGAAUUAGGUUUAUCUACCACUAGUAAUGGAAACACUACAGAUGAUGAAAAUGAAAUAUGGGAAAAGAAAAAGAAGUCAACGAACCGAAAAGUGACACCGAUGGUCACCGUCACACCGGCUUCAGAUGAAUUGAAUGAUAUUUUGUUUGAUGCUUCUAGAGAUCAUCUUACUCCUACUCAUCAUUCAUAUCCUUUGAACUUGAAUCGAUCUCAAUCCCCUCCUCCACCUCAAUACCGUUGAUUUUCUUGGUUUUCUUGAUUUUCUUGUGUGUUUUUUCGUUGACUUUAAUCCUUUUUUUUAUUUGAAAAAUCUAUGAAUAUAUUUUAUCUUCCUUUUUUCUAUUUUUCUUGUGAUUUAUUUGUUUAUUGGUUUGAUACAUAUACAUAUAUAUAGAUUUCUUGUCGUUUUCUUCGUUUUCACCUUCUUUUCCUUUUUCGUUUUCUCAAUAUAGAAACAUUAAAGGAUUUUUUCUUCAUCUGUUUUUACCAACCUUUUUUUUUCUUUUCUUCAAUAAUCUUCUCUUGGAUUUGUGUUUAUAUAUAUAUAAAGCGACCUUUUUGUUCGUUUACUUUUUUUCUUCCUACUAUUUAAUCUCUUUCAAAACAAUUUUUUUUUUCUUCUUGUUGUAUCACUUCGCACUUUUUCUUUCUUAUUUUUUUGUAAGAAGAGUAAAAGAACAUAUGAAAGAGGAAUUUUAAAAAGAUAUUUUUAUUG